GUGCAAGCAGUCCUCUUGGAGGAGAAGCUGGCCAUGUUGGCAGCCCGGGAAGCGGCCGCCCUCUACCAGACCGACUUUGUGCGCAACGCCAGGGCGGUGGGCGCCCUGUGGGCCGGCUGCACCCUCUGCUUCGGCAUCCUGGAGGUCGUGGUGCUGAUCCAGCCGGCGUGGGUGCAGACCGGGCCGCUCACCUACCAGCUGCCCCUGUCGGGGGUCCUCUCCGACCCCAGCGUGAGCGCCGUGGGGUCCUUCGGCCUCUACCAGGUCUGCGUGGAGCGGGACGGGGCCCUGAAGUGCGAGGGAUCCCUGGUGACCCUGACGCCCAUCCCGUCCUUCAAGGCAGCGUCCGUCUUCGUCCUGAUGGCCCUGGUGCUGGUGAUGGGCAGCGUGGCCUCCUUGGGUCUCUUCUGGGCCUGCAGCCCGGGGACGGUUUACAAGGUUUGCGCCUGGCAGCAGCUUUCUGCAG